ACACAACUGGCUUAAAUAUAUCGCUGCAUAGAAAACCAGCGGAAGCAAGGUCCUCGUGAGUAAAGUGACCUCGAGUACCAGUGCCCAAGCCAGUGUUCAUCCACGCGUUGGAGGGGGAGGACCCGCGUGCCCUUUGGGAAGCUUUUAUGCCUGUGACUUAAAUGAUGACUAGUAAAUGCAUGGAGGCAAUCGAGAGGUGAAAGGGAUAUGCAGAAAGAAUUUCCAGAGUUCUUGCAUCCCGGUAACUCCAGACAGUGAACCCAGGUUUUAUAAGAAUGUGAGAGUAAAUUUGCUAUAUCAUAUAUUUAAGAGCAGAUUAUUUGGAAGAACUUUUGAGCAAACUUUUAUUACAGUUAUACGCCGUUUAUGUUAUCUUACUAGUGUCCUAUUAGUGAGAGUUACUAUUUAAAACGUAUACGUCUUAAGAGUGUCGCAUUUAUAAAAGGGAAACAAAAAAGAAAAAGUGUGCAAGAAUCAAAGUUUGUUAUCGGAGGAAAACAAAUUAGUGAAUACAAGGAGUAUAUAAAGAACAAGAUUGGAAACAUUUUGAAAGAAGCCAUUCGGUCAUUGUUUUACUGACUGACAGGAGAUCUUGUCAAGAAAGUAUUACAUACCCAGAAUCAGGUCAGAUUCUUACAGAGAGAAGAGAUGGGUGACAUGUCCCAUGAUCAGCGAAGCCUUGCAAGGGAGGAGUAUCGGUUGAACACCUUUGGGAGCAGUGACUUCACGGCUGACAAGAAGAAGUUUGCCGAGGCAGGAUUUUAUUACACAAAGAAGGGAGAUGACGUGAAGUGCUUCGACUGCAAGUGGGAGGUGGAUGCCAAGACCAUCAGUCCAGCAGAUGACAUUGCAAGAAUUCACAAAGAGAGACGACCUGACUGCCCCUUUGCACAGGGUUUAAAGACUGUACCCAGGCCCACUAGAAACAAGACCUUUAUAUCUUAUGAUAGUCUGAGAUAUGAGAAAGAGCGAUUGGAGACCUUCAUCGACUGGCCUGUAAAGUGGCUGGAUCCAUCCGAGUUAGCCAGCGAUGGAUUCUACUACUUGCGUACGGCCGACCACUGCGCCUGUGUGUUCUGCCGAGGCAUAGUGGGUGCUUGGGAGGUGGGAGACACACCGAGAGGAGAGCAUCAGCGCCACUUUCCACACUGCCCAUUUAUCAGGGGUCAGCCAGUUGGUAAUGUCCCUAUUCAUCAUAGCAACAUCCUAGCCUGCCUACCAAGCCUAGAUUCCACACCCCAGAGCAAGAGUGCCAACACCCAGAAGCGCAGCACAGAUGAAUGCGGAACGUCAAGGCACAUGGCUGGUUCCUAUCCUGAAUGUCGUGGACCCCCCAACAAGCCUGACGUUUCCUGGGAGGAGAUUGGCCUUCCGCAGUACUCUGGGCCAAAACGCAAGGACUUCCUGACGUGUGAGAGUCGACGUGCAAGCUUUGAGAGGUGGCCUGAACGUGUCACCCAGAAGCCAAGUGAUUUAGCAGAUGCUGGAUUCUUUUAUUGUGGCUUGAGUGACCAUGUCCGUUGCUUUCACUGCGGAAAUGGUCUUCGUAACUGGGAGAAAGAUGACAUCCCUUGGAAUGAGCAUGCUCGCUGGUACCCUGAGUGUAGCUAUGUUCUCUUGAAGAAAGGACAGGAAUUUAUUGACAAAGUUCGACGUGAGAAACCACCAUACAUCCGCAAAGCCCCAGCAGGAAAGCCAAGUACUAGUACAGCAUCAGCAAGUGCCACCACACCAGGAGGUCGCACAGUCUCUGACAAAGAUUUAGAUCCUCUGAUGGAUUUAGAUAUCAUACGAGGAGUAUUGGGCAUGGGAUUCCCUACACACAUUGUCAGAGCGGCUCUAAAGGACCAAGUUCAAAAGGCUGGUAUGCCGUUUUUCAGCAUGGAGCCCUGUAUUGAAGCUGUCCUUCAGAAAAUGGAAGAAGAAACCAGACAGACACUACAGGCUGACCCUAUUGAGAGUGAAGCAACAGAAAGCCAGGUUGCCAAGAUUCAGUCAAUCCAUUCUGGGAGUGAGUCUGCACAAAAUACUGAAGUUGCUGGUUCCAGUUCUCCAUCCACUUCUGGUGCACAAGCAUCAGCUGCCUCAGAGCCAUCCACUUCUUCAGCCUCUGAGGAUAUCACUGGAACUUUACCCACUCUUCCAGCCCCAUCAACAUCUACCAACACAGAACAAUUACCCACACUACCAAGUCCACCGAGAAGUACAGAUACUUCAACGCCUGUCUCAGGACAACAAGAAAAUUCACAAGAAAGUUCAGCAACAGCACAGAACACAAGCUCCGCUUCACCCCAGCCAAGCCAAGGAGACGACGAGGCAAUGGAAGUUGAUGAAAGAGGUGCAGAUGUCCAUCCCAUGGAACGAGUGAUCAUGCAAGCUGAUGAGAUAAUGAGUAUGGCAGAGGAAGCCUUAAAACCACCCAGUUCAGGUCCUCCUUCUCUGGGCCAGUCAGACCUUAAAGUAGUUGGCGAAGGCGAGGGUUCAGCAGUGUUGGAGCAAGCGUCAACCUCUGGUGCAAAACAUCAGUCAGGAGCAGUUACUUCACCACAGUCUACUAAGGAGUUAGCAGAUGAGCUUGAAAGAAUACGUGACAUUCGCAUGUGCAAAGUCUGCAUGGAUGCUGAGAUGGAUGUUGUGUUCCUGCCCUGUGCACAUAUGGUUACUUGUGCCUCUUGUGCAGUCGCUCUGACUCAGUGCCCCAUCUGUAGGAAAGACAUCAAAUUCACCAUCAAACCUAUUGUCUCCUGAAGUGUGAAAAUAUGGAAUGAAUAUAGUGUGCCUGUGCUUUUGUAAUUAGAGUAUAUAUAAAAUAUUGUGCACAUUUUAUUCAGAUAUGGGUUUGUAUUGAUUUUUCACAUUUUCAUAUCGAGUUUCAUGGCUAUUCUUUUUUAAAGCAACUUUUAAUUUCCUUCCAUAUGAGUGGGGGGAACAAAAACACAUAUACAUGUACAUGUGUAUGUAGAUAUGUACAAACAUGUAAAUAUACAUGUAUUUACAUUGGGAGUAUUUGUAUAUGGUUAUAUUUGAAAUUUCCACGCAUUCAGGUUUUUCACUGAUGCACACACAACUUAACUUGUCUUAUGUUAGUGUGCAAAGCUUUAAAGUUUCCUCUUCAAUGCAAUGUAACUUUAAAAAUAUAUGAAUAUGACGGGUGAAUGCUAUUCGUCGUAAUUAAAGAGCCUUUAUUA